GUUCUGGACAGAAUCUAUAACAUUAGACUGCCGUGAAACGGACUGGAGAUACAGCCGUCCAUCACACAAUGGCCUCCACUUCCGAUAUCCCCAGCACCGCCGGGGGAUUCAUGCAGCCGAGUCUUCCAUCUCCCGCGCCAUCAUCAUCCACCGCCACCCCGUCCAUUCUUCCCAAGCAAAGAUCGCAUCCGCUGCGCCCGGGGUCCACGAAGGAAACGACCGUCAUCAACCACGUCGACCGCGUCGUCUUGACCAUCAACCGCCGCCAUGCCAAGAAGUUCAGCAGCGCCUACGAGGAUCCGUCGCAGCCGGCCUCCCAGACCGAGCGAGGCUACGAGAGCUUCCAGGAAGUGGCCAAAGACAUCGAGGGACUCGUCGAUGUGCUUUGGGUUAGUGGGACUCCAUCCCUCCAAAUACCCUAUCUCAUCUCACUCGCCGUCCUGGUAAACACCUAUCUCCCGGACUACCCAUUCUCUCCGAAGCCGACCUUCCGGCUGCUCAGGAAGCUGGACUCGGUGUUCGCGUCGCUGCUCACCGGCGAGGACGCCGACUCGGGCGCCCCGCUGGCGGGCUUCGAGACGCGCCGCAACGUCGUCUCCAUGACCGAGAAGGUGCGCAUCAAGAGCAUUGCCGAGACGUGUCGCGUCACGGUGGUCGAGGCCCGCGAGACGGCCGACGGGCCCGCGGACAGCGACGACAGCGACGACGACGAGGAGAUGGAGGAUGUCUACGGGACCGGGACGAGCGAGUAUGCCGACGUCGACGCCCCCGGCCGCUGGGAAAUGGAGACGGCGCGCGUCUACGAGAAAACCAUCCAGUUGCUGGGCGAUGAGCUGGGAAGGGCGGGCGAGUUCUGUGAUGAGAAUAUGGCGGCGGGCGAGGACGUCGAUGCUGCGACUUGUCAGCUAUGAUGUGUCUUCUUGUCCGCUUUUCUACUUGUUUGUUGGUGUUGUUUUUUAGGGUGAUCUGGACUGGACUGCACAUGUAUAUAGUACGGUUUCUGGAGUCAUAUUCGGACUUUAUGCCAGCUUUCAUUAAUGACUAAUCGAUUCAUAAGUUGGAGGUUUGAAACACGG